AUGUCCGAUCCUAGUAGUUCUAAUGCUUGGGAGGGCAACGAGGAAACUCAGAAUGAUCCUGAGGAGAAGAGAGUUCUUCAUCAAGCUCUAGAUUCUUUCUAUCACUAUCAAAAGACAGCUCAUUACAACACCACUCAUCUAAGAAGACAAGCAUUCUACGCCUUACCCCGAGCCCACUGGGAACUCCUCGCAUCACCACCCAUCAACUACCUCGACACCUUAAUAGCCGUUGACGACGCCAUAGAUCACAAUGCCGAACUAUCAGAAGCCAUCUUAACAGCCGCACUCUCAUCCUUCAACCUCUCCUAUCCCUCCUCAACCCUUAACUCCGAUACUAAAUCACCAGAUGAUUUCCGUGGUACAGCCACCCCAGGCGAUCUCGAAAAAGCCCGCAGUACCCUUCGCCAAAUGUACCGAGACUGGUCAUCCGAAGGAGCCGCCGAACGCAAUGCAUCCUACGGUCCCGUGAUGCAAGCUCUUCAAGUUGAACGAGCCAGAUCCUCACCUCUAAAUCACAACAUGCGAGUCCUCGUCCCUGGUGCAGGUCUCGGCCGUCUGGUAUUUGAUCUCUGUAUGCAAGGAUUCGACGUCGAAGGCAAUGAAAUUAGUUACCAUCAACUUCUGGCCAGUGCAUAUAUUCUCAAUUUCUGUCCUGAGAAAGAAAACCACACUAUUUUCCCCUGGAUCCAUUCCUUCUCCAACCAUAAAACUCGAAGUAAUCAUCUGAAAUCCGUCAAAAUCCCGGACAUACACCCAGGAGACGAAUUGAACUCCAAUCCACAAGCAGGAGAAAUGAGCAUGAGUGCCUCUGAUUUCCUCCUCUUAUACGGCCACGAAGAACGCGCCUCAUCCUACGACGCAGUAGCUUCUGUCUUCUUCCUCGACACAGCUCCAAACAUAAUUCGCUAUCUAGAAGCUAUCCACAAUUGUCUCAAACCCGGCGGUCUCCUCAUAAACAUGGGACCACUCCUCUGGCACUUUGAAAACAAUCCACCUGGUUCCUCAACAUCCUCUUCGAAACAAGACAACAAUCAAACUCAAGAUCUAGGAAUAGCCGACCCCGGUAGUAUCGAACUCACAAACUCGGAAGUUCUUCUUCUGCUCCCGAAAUUGGGAUUUUCGGUCCUUACCUCAUCUACUGAUUUACCUGCGCCUUAUAUUCAAGAUCCGGAUUCUAUGCUUCAAAAUACUUAUUCGGCUAGUUUUUGGGUGGCGAGGAAGUGUGAGAUUGAUGGGAAUCUUGACCAUGUACAUAGAGAUGGAAAAGCUUAG